AUGGCUGGCGGCGCGCCGCGGGCCAAGGGUCCUGCGCGGCAGGACUGGACGUGCAAGUCCUGCGUCAGCAAGAGAGGGCGAGCGGUCGUCAGCUGGGGAACGGCGCUCAAGUGUCAGGGCUGCAAGCUGCCCAGGGCCACGUGCUUCGGGGCGAACGUCCCGCUCCCUGCGGCGGCCAAGUCGAAGUCGAAGUCGGGUGCGGCGCCUGGCGGCGGCUGCGGCAAGGCCCCUCCCUGGGCUGGGCCGCCGCCCUCGGUGCAUCUGGCCCAGGCGCAGCGCGAGCUUGCGGACCUCAAGAAGCAGCUCAAGGCCAGUGGGCCUGCCAGCGUUGGCGGGCCGCUCGGCAGGGCGCAGGCCAUGGAGGCCGACGUCGGCGAGGGCGCUGGUGCUGGCAGCGCGGCGGCGCUCGCCGAGAUCCACAUGUGCGAGUCGGGCCUGCACGCCAUCGAGGAUCAGACGGCGGACUGGGCCACGGCGCCGCGGGAGGAUAUGCGCGCCAGGCUGGAGAAGGCCAAAGCGCGGCUCUUCGCCAGCAAGCCACUCCACGCACGGACGCGCGCCGUCGCCAACAAGGCCAAGCAGUGCGCCGAGCGCCUGGGGAAGGCGGAGGGCAACGAGCGGAAGGCGCAGGAGGCCUUGCGGCGGGCCGUGGUGGUGGUUGAGCGCGCGGAGAAGGUGCAUACAGACCUCCUGGAGCAGCGGGUGGUGCUGCAGGCCGAGCUGGCGCAGCCGCAGCAGCAGGCGCCCCAGGCUCCACCGCCGCGGCCUGCGGGCCAGGCCAUGGCGCAGGACGUCGUCGGCGGGCUCGGCAUCACGGUGGGCGAACUGGAGGCCGUCGUGCUGCAACAGCUCUCGGCCCACCCGAACGAGGAGCAGACAGUGCCAGCGGAAGCGCAGAAGCGCAUGGCAGGCGUGCCGGGCGUGCGAAUUGCGGAGUUGAGCAUGUCCAAGCGGGCGCGGCGCGAGGAGGUUUCCGCCGAGGAGCAGGCCAGCGCCAGCCAGCAGGAGAGGCGCGUGAUGGCGCAGAGCGGGAAGGGCAGUCCCAGCCAGCGCCCGAGGCAGCAACGCCUGGAAGCGGCAGCGGCUCAGCCGUUGUGCCGCGCUGGCAGCCUGAGGAGGAGUCGGUGGAGCAGCUCCGGCAGCGGCUGCGGAAGCAUAGCCUGGAGCCCGAAGGCGGCGAGGAGCCAGACGCGCGCGCCCGCUGCGCUGCGCUUGCAAGCGGGGGCUUCCAGCCUUACUAGGAUCCUGCUUAUCCUCAGCACGAGGUUUGGUGCCAUGGCGAAGGGCAGCAUCUUCGCGGCGAGCGCGACGGAGCAUCACGCCAGGGACCGCGACAGGCUGGCCGCCUUGCAGCAGGCCGUGCUGGACCACGUGCCCGCGGGGCUCUGGGCGCCAGCGGUCCAGGGGCCCCGCGGCGAGGCAGGCGCCCCUGGCGGGGUGGCGGUGCUUGCGCGCUCGCACGUCAUAGUCACCAGCCCGCCUUUCCUGGAGAGCCCCGUGCUGCUGGCCGGGCGUCUGGUGGCCGCCCAUGUGCAUUGGGGAGUGGCGGGCGGGUUUGUCUCCAUUUCUGCGUACUUCCACGACAGUGUGGGGUGGAACGCGGACAACCAGCACGUGGCGGCCGUUCUCAUGAAGUACCUGUCCAAGCUCAGCGCGGCUGGGAUCGACUGGGUCGUGGGCGGUGACUUCGCCAAGGAGCCCGGGAAGUUUCCUGCGCAGCAGCUCCACGGGGUCCGUGGGCCGUGGGCGGCGGCAGAAGAUGCCACCUGCAGGCCGCGUGCUGGGGCCUGGUCGGCGCUGGACUACGUCCUCUUCGCAGCCAACCCUGCUCCGAGGCUUUGUAGGCCGCGGGUCGACGAGUACGGCGCGACGAGGCCGCGCCUGCCCGUCGCAAUGGAGAUGCGCGCGCAGGGCCUUCCGAUGCAGGCACGGGUGGUGGGGGGCCCGCGGCCGAUCGGCCCUGCGCCGCCCGUGGGCUGCAGCCGCGGCGUCGAGGACUGGCGCAAGCCCCUGGCCCAGGUGCGCGCAGCCGUCAGCCGAGAGCACCUCCCCGAAGCACGGGGCGCCGUGGUGGCUACAGUCGAGCAGGAGCUCCUGGACCGCUACGACGUCGUCGGGCAUGACAGGACCAAGUGCGUCGGCAGGUCUGGCGCUCUGGAGACGACCCUCGUCGCUGUUAAGUGGCGACCCCCUCGACGCAGGACCGCGCUUGGUCGCCAGGCCGCGGCGUGCCGCGUGGCGUCGAGGUGGGCUCGGCACCUGAUGGGGGUCGGGGAGUACGUCGCCAAAGCGGUCCGCCAACUCCACGGCGCCAGCCUCCUCUGCCUGCUGUUCGAAGCCCAGUUUGACAAGCUGGCGGGGGGGCCUACAAGAGGCGGCGGCGUACCUCGACAAAAUCACCGCCAGCCGCGGCGCGCUGGCGCUCCUGCCGCACUGGGUGCAGGGCAGGACUUCUUCGGCCAACGGAUGCUGAUGUUCGCGCAGGCCGACUUCGCGGGUCAGGCGUCGAGCGUCGUGGAGUACGCUAACGAUCACUAUGAAGCGGCCCUCGCGGCGACGCGGAAGGAGUGGGCCAAGUGGGCCAACGCUCACAGGCCUGCGGACCUCGAGGAGUGGGAUGCGCUGCCCGAACUCACCGUCGACAAGAUGAAGAGGGCUGCGCUCUCAUUCCCCACGGGCACGGCGAUGGGGCCUGUCAAGAUAGGCAUGCGUGCCCUGUCUUUCCUGUCCGAGGACGGCAUGUAUGUUUGGGCGCAGCUCUUCGUGCGCAUGGAGAAGUUGGGCGCAUGGUCGUCGUCUGAUGCAACGUUCGACCUGAACCUCGAGACCGAGAUAGCGGUCGCGUUGGAGGAGCAGGUGGCCACCGUGCCCCUGGACGCCUGGAAGAUCUUUGAGACGGUGAUCCCCGAGGCCCUGAUACAGGGGGCGCGGCUGCAUCAGAUGCCGCUGCCGCUGGCCUGGCUUGUGGUGGAGCUCUACAGGCAGCCCAGGCGGCUGCAAGCGUUCGGCUCGGCGUCCUACGACGUUGUGUCCUACCGAGGGGUGCUGGCUGGAUGCGCGCACGCGCGCGCGCUCGCGUCGGUGCCGAUGCACCGCGUGUUGGAGCGGGCGAGCUGCAUGGGCGUCACCCCCAGGGCCCUCGUAGACGACGUCGCCCUUCAGUGGGAAAGGACCGCGGGAAGCAACGUCGGCGUCUUGUGGGCCGCGGUCACGCGCUUCCGCGUCUGGAAGCACGCGGUAUCCCACGGCUUGCAGCGGCUACACUGGGCUCGCAAUUUAGGGCAUGACCCUGGAGGAGGCUGGAUCCAGCGACGGCGGGCCAAGCUGCGGCUGAAGGCGCUGGCGCGGCGGCGCGGGCGCCCGGCAGCGUUGAAGCGUGCUGCUGGCCGCAAGGUCACCGUGCUGCGGCGCACGGGGCUGCUCCCGAGCGCAGGCCACGGCGCGGGCGUCGUGGGCAUCUCCGACGAUGAGUUCCAACGGCUGCGGGCUGAGGCCAGCCAGCCAGCUGGCGGGGGCGCGGCCGGGCCCGUCGGGCGCGACGAUCUACCUGGCCACGCAGCGCAGCGCGAGGUACUCCAGCUGCGUCUGGGGGCAGAGGACAUCGUUGGGCAGAAGCUCACGCUCUGGAGGAUCGGCUGGUACAUGUGGUCUAGCCUGGUGCUGGUCACUAGCGAGAAGCAGCACAUCAGCCUGCUCACCACCUCGCCGUCGGACCUCAAGGCUUACUUCGUCGAGGGGGUCAGCAGCUGGCAAGGGCGACAGAUCCCAAGCCACUUCGGCGGCGCGCGGCCCACGGGGCCGAUCUGGAUGCGGGCCCUGAGGCUGUGCGCGGGCGGCAAGGGCGCCGCUGUUGCCGAAGGGCCUGCUGCCGCCAGCCUCGGGGUCCACUGGGCAGGCGCGCCGUGGACCAGGCAGGGGCAGCUGGGCGUUAGGGUCGCCCCCGAUGGCAGCUGUCUGGCGUGCGGAGCGGAGGCGGACGCCCUUGGUCGCAGGCCGUGCGACUGCGAGGCCCUGCUGCGCGCGCGCCAGGCUAGCCCCCCUGGAGGCAGCGAGCUUGGCACGGCAUGUUUCGUUGCGAAUAGGUCGUCGGUGGAGCAGGAGCAGGACGCCCCCCCCGACCGACUGCAGCAGAGAUGGGCUACUAUGCGCGACAAGGGCCUGCAGGCAGGCGGCGCGGGGGUCGCGGACUUCAGCGGAUUCGCGCGCGAGGUCGGGCCCCCCGCGCUGCCGCUUCGCGUGCCGCCUGCGGCCGACGAGGCGGAGGUCAGGCCCCGAGGUGACUGGAGCGGCGCGAGCGACGAGCAGCGCGGGAACAUUGCGUUCACCGAUGGCUCGGGCUUCGCGAACAGCAUGCCUGAGCUGAGGCGCUGCGGGUGGUCGCUGGUCCAGCUCGGCUCCAACGGGGUCGACAAGCUCCUGGGGCAGCAGGCGCGACUCGUGGCCGCUGACCUGCUGGCGCUGGCCCAGGUGUUCUGGAUCCCCGCGCGCCAGGACGUCGACGGGCACCUGGCGUCGGGGCUUCGCCCAGCGCUGUACGCGGGCAACCUGUGGGCGGACUGGUGCGCCGAGCAGGGGACUUUGCAGCGCGCGGUGCCCCAGGUGCACGCGGAGCUCUACGCCAUCGAGGCGCAGUGCUUCACGCAGGUGGCGGACUACAUCGCAUCCGAGGCGCGCUACGUGCCCGCGGCGCCGCCGCCGCCCGUGCCGAAGCUGACGGUGGUGGAGCACCCCCUGGCGCGCGUGCGGGGCAGGCGCGGAAUGUCGCGCGCCGAGAGCGGGCGUCGACCCCGUGCUGAGACAGGCGCGGCGGCGCAGCAGUUUGUCAGGUCGAGCUGUUUGCCGGCACCGCUGGCGCGCCUCACGGAGGCGGCUGAUGCGCCGCAUCUCGGCGCGGGGCCAUACUGGAUGGGCGACGCUGAGGGCCUGGGUGCUGAGGCGCGGCAGCGGUGCGACGGUGGCAGGCCCUGCAAGCUGGCGCAGAGGCCGAACCCAUGUUUUCGGGAGGGGGACGGCGGUGGCGCGGCGCUGCAUCUCGGGCACCGGCUGCGGCGCGCGGGGCCCGCCAUCUUCCGCGAGGCGUGCUGCGGGCUGCCCACGGACAAGGGGCACCACCAGCGCAGCUACGUCAGCAACCUGGCAGCCAGGAGGGACAAGUUGCUGCGUGGUCUGGACCCCGAAACGGGCAGGUCAUGGGCUACGGGCACGCUGGUGCACGACGAGCGCAGUCCGGGCGACGACAGCUUCGAGGAGGGCACCGAUGAGGCGGUCGUGGCACAUGGCUGUGCGGAGGCCCCGCUGGCGGUCGUGCUGGGGACCGCGACGCGCGGGUCUCCCGCAGCGCCGUGCGGCGGGCGCACAAAAGAGGCCCAGAAAGCGGGUGUGCAGGAGACCGCGACACGCGGGGCUCCCGCAGAGCUGCGAGGCGGGCGCACGGAAGAGGCCCCGCUGGCGGACGUGAAGGGGACCGCGACACGCGGGGCUCCUGUACCGCCGAGGGGCGGGCGCACGGAGGCUGGCCGCCGGCUUGCGGAGGAACGGCUGGAAGUGCUGCGGCGGCGCGUUGCGACUCGCGAGGCUGGCCUGGCGGGCGCUGCCGCUGGUGGGGCUGGCAGUGCUCCCACGGCGCAGGUCGUGGAGGCGUUGACCGACACGGGGUGCGCUGUUGGUGACCGCGCCGGAUCAUGGGCAGUGCGAAGACAGGCACUGCUGCGGCGGCUCCAGGCGCGGGCCGAGCGGCUCUGCGGCGGCGCUGGCGCGGCCCCCAGGGAGGCGCCUGCGGGCUUUGCCGCGCGGCUGCGGCGGCGCGGCAUCCGCGUGGCGCAGCCGCCGCCCAGAGCGGCCCUGCCGCAACGGCCGCCGCGGCCGCUGGCCCUGGAGCGCAGGCUGGACCGCUGGGGGCGGUGGUGGAUCGAACCGCUGCUCGACGCCGACGGUGCGGCCAACGACUGGCUCGACCACUGCGUCCCGUACGCGGAGGCAAUCCUCGCCGAGCCCACGUGGCGGCGUUUCAUCAGGGCGAUGGGCAGCACGGCUCAGCAGCUGGCGGAGGCGUGGUGCCGCCGCGAAUGGCGUCGCGGAGCGAGGCUGCGCAGUGCCUGCGCCAAGUAUCGCUCGGGGCUCACGCUGAGCCAGCGGUGCGUCGCGGACAGCACGCGGAGGUACGAGGUGUACUGCCUCCGCAGCUGGCUGGCGGCGCGUGCAGGCCUGCCGCCCACGUUGGGCUGGGCUCGGGCG